AUGGCCCAGGUCAACCUCGCCCCUCCCGCCAUGCCCGCGGGCAAGAAGCGCAUUGCUGUCAUGACUUCCGGAGGUGACUCCCAAGGAAUGUCUGGCGCUGUGCGUGCCGUUGUCCGUCAGACCAUCGCCUCGGGCUGCGAUGCAUUCGCCGUCUACGAAGGUUACGAAGGUCUCGUUCAGGGUGGAGACAUGAUCAAGCAGAUGCGCUGGGAGGACGUCCGUGGAUGGCUCUCAGAAGGUGGUACCCUCAUCGGAACAGCAAGAUGCAUGUCCUUCAAGGAGCGUGCCGGCAGACUGCAAGCGGCUAAGAACAUGAUUGACAAGGGCAUUGAUGCCUUGGUUGUCUGUGGUGGUGACGGCAGUUUGACUGGUGCAGACAGAUUCAGAGGCGAGUGGCCCAGUCUGGUCGAGGAGCUGGUUUCCAAUGGUACUUUCAAGAAGGAGGCAGUCGAGCCUUUCAGACAUCUCAACAUUGUUGGUCUGGUCGGUUCCAUUGACAACGACUUGGCUGGUACCGAUGCCACCAUUGGAUGCUACUCAUCGCUGCAGCGCAUCUGUCAGGCUGUCGACUACAUUGACGCUACCGCUUUCUCUCACCAGCGUGCCUUCGUCGUCGAGGUCAUGGGCAGACACUGUGGUUGGCUCGCCCUGAUGGCCGGUGUUUCUACUGGUGCCGACUUCGUUUUCCUUCCCGAGAACCCUCCGUCCGAGAACUGGGAGACCGAGAUGUGCGAGAUUGUCCAGCGCCACCGCAAGCUCGGAAAGAGAAAGACAAUUGUCAUUGUUGCUGAGGGAGCCCACGACCGUCAGCUCAACGCUAUUUCGCCAAACAAGGUCAAGGAUCUGCUUGCUGGCAAGCUUGGUCUCGACACCAGAGUCACCACUCUUGGUCACGUCCAGCGUGGUGGUACUGCCGUUGCCUACGACCGUAUGUUGUCUACUCUGCAGGGUGUCGAAGCCGUCAAGGCUGUCCUCGACUCGACCCCCGAGACUCCCAGUCCUGUUAUUUGCAUUGUCGAGAACAAGAUUGUUCGCAAGUCAUUGAUGGAGGCUGUCAAGCUGACCCAAUCCGUCGCCGAGGCUAUUGAGCGCAAGGACUUCAAGGCAGCCAUGAAGUUGAGAGGUGCCGAGUUCGACGAGUACUGGACUGCUUACAGCACUACCGUCUCGACCGACAAGGAGGAGUUGCUGCUUCCCAAGGAGAAGCGCAUGCGCGUUGGUAUCAUCCACGUCGGAGCCCCUGCUGGUGGUAUGAACGCUGCCACCCGUGCUGCCACUGCCUACUGUCUUACCCGUGGUCACACCCCCAUCGCCCUCCACAACGGUUUCCCUGGACUCGCCCGCCACUACAAGGAUGAGGAAUCCUCUGUCCGCGAGAUCAAGUGGCUCGAUGCCGAGAACUGGGCCAGCAAGGGUGGUUCCGAGAUUGGAACCAACCGUGCUACUCCUUCCGAGGACUACGACGGUGUCUCGGACGCCCUCACUCACCACAAGAUCGAUGCUCUCUUCAUCCCCAUCGUCGUUCUUCCCGCAACCGUCUCCAACAACGUCCCUGGUACCGAGUACUCCAUUGGUAGCGACACCUGUUUGAACGCCCUGAUCGACUACUGCGAUGCCAUCAAGCAAUCCGCUGCUGCCUCCCGUCGUCGUGUCUUCGUUGUUGAGACACAGGGUGGUGCUUCAGGUUACAUCGCUACCAUCGCCGGUCUCUCCAUUGGUGCCGUCGCCGUCUACACACCCGAGGAGGGCAUCCACCUCAAGAUGAUCGCUUCCGAUAUCGAGCACCUGAAGGAGCAAUUCGCCAAGGACAAGGGCCAAAACCGCAGCGGAAAGAUCAUUCUCCGCAACGAAAAGGCCUCCAAGACCUACACCACCGAGAUCAUCGCCAACAUUAUCCGCGAAGAGAGUGGCGGCAAGUUCGACUCGCGUUUCGCCGUCCCUGGACACGUGCAACAGGGUGGUAUCCCCUCGCCCAUGGACCGUGUCCGUGCCGUUCGUUUCGGUGUCAAGAGUAUGCAGCACAUCGAGUCCUUUGCCGGCAAGUCCAAGGACGAGAUCGCAAACGACCCUCUGUCGUGCUCGGUCAUUGGAAUUACUGGUGCCCAAGUGCAAUUCUCGGCCAUGGAGAAGGUUGAGAAGGAGGAGACCGACUGGAAGGACCGCCGUCCCAAGAACGAGUUCUGGAUGGAUUUGGUCAGCAUUGUGGAUACCCUCUCAGGCCGUCCUCGUCCUAAGAAGGAGGAUUCUAUUGCUGCUGGUCUGCCUGCUUAA